AUCAAAAUCCCACACGACAACAACAAAGCCACAAACACAAACCACGGAAAAGGGAAGCGGAAGAGCAAAAUGUUAAACAAAACUGAAGUUAGUGAAGUUCAGGGUACCUGAAAUAAACGUAUCGUUAACUAGACACAGGCGUGUGAAGAAUCAGUUUAGAAUGCAACGUUUACAAGUCGUGUAUCGCGUCGAAAAGUGUCAGUUGAGGCAAAGGCGUGUUACGUUAGCUAGUAACGUUAACGUUAGCUCAGUUUAACAACAAAAGGCUGCAGCACUCUUGAAACCGAUGAAAAGACAGUAUUUAACGACCAGUUUCUUAUGAUUAUUAAGGCUGUCCUCCAGUUUGUGUCAAAUCAACCCGUACUGUUUCAUUAUAGUGAACAAAUCUGGAUUUCUGCCCAGUCCUCUCUGUCUCCUGCACUCUGUGAAAUGGCCUGACUGCGAAUUCACUGGUUCCAGCAUCAGAUGACAAUGGCCAGAAUAGCCUGGUAUCAAGAGAAGAUCGGGGCCUAUGAUCAACAAGUCUGGGAGAAAUCUCUGGAGCAGACAGAUCUAAAUGGCUUGGACAGCAAACCAAGGAAGACGGGUCACAUCAAAGCAGACCUCAUCGAUGUCGACUUAGUAAGAGGAUCAACUUUCAGCAAAGCCAAACCAGACAGUCCCUGGACAGCUCUGACUCGAAAGGGUCUGGUCAGAGUGCUGCUGUUCCCGUUCUUCUUCCAGUGGUGGAUCCAGGUGACCUCCAAGUCCAUCUCCUCAUGUAUCCUCGUGCUGUACUUCAUGCAAGUGGCAGCAGUGGUGCUGUACUUGGAGGUCCCUGGGGCAUGUGCCAGCGAGGUGUUUGGGCCAAUGUGUCUGAUGCUGCUGCUGGGUACCGUACACUGCCAGAUUGUGUCGACUGAGUCCAGCCGGUGGCCCUCGGGCAGUCCAGCUGCCAGCCGCACCACCAGCCCUGCUCGCAGACGGAGGCCCAGGAAGGGCAGAGGGCUGAAAAAAUCAGAAGAAAAGAACGGCAGCAGGGACACAGAGCAGCAGGGGCAGUUUGAAGAAAGCCAGCGAUUGUACAGGAAAGAAGAGAGGAGGACCACAAGAAAGUCAUUUGGGGCAUCGGAUGAGCUUUCCAGUGAGGAAGAGGAGGGGUUACAACCAGUGGAAGUAAUUCUUCCAAUAUCUCAUCAAGAGAGACACCCUGCUACAACAUGGCCGACAUCUACACCAGUGUCUUCUGUUAGGAAGAGAACUCUAAAGUCGAACCCCAAACUCACAUUAAGACCUCAGGAAGGCAGUGGGCCUUCCAUCAAGGGGAAGCCACAAGCUGUGGAGCGCCUCAGGCCGAGCGUGGGCUCUCGUCCCGCCUCCGACACUGAUGAUACACUGUGGGAGGAGCUUCUCCAAGGGCCUGACUCCGCCUCCACAGGGAGCAGUGACAGCGACUCGAACGGGAGGUACACCGCUGGCAUUCCGCUCCCACAAACCUCCAAUCUGAGCAACGAUGAUGAGAGCAUACAGCAGGGAAUCACCGGAAGCCAGCUGUCUUGGCUGCAGGCAUGUCACCCAUCCAAGGACCGUGUCAGUGCCAUAAUAUGGGAGCAGGGCGAGUGUAAGAAAGCAGACAUGUCAGUAUUGGAGAUCAGUGGGAUCAUCCUCACACGGGUGAAGUUGGUGGAGCAGGGUAUGGGUUACCUUGUGCUUGGUGGACUGAUGACCGCCACCCUGGCGCUGCUUCCCUUUUUCUUCCACUUGGCUCAGCAUCUGGACAUGUCGAGCCUUUGCUCCCUGUCCCUAAAAGAGCUGGGAGAAAUGGCGUUUUGGCAGCAUGAUGGCCAGGCCUACGCCUUUUACUUCAUCACAACGGUGCAAAGAGUCUGCCUCAUAGGACUGUUCUUCUUCAUGAUGUGUGUAGCUGAGAGAACGUACAAACAGAGACUGUUGUUUGCUAAGUACUUCAGCCACCUCACUUCAGCUCGCAAGGCCAAGAAAUCUGAGAUCCCUCAUUUCAGGCUGAAGAAAGUCCAGAACAUAAAGAUGUGGUUGUCACUACGCUCUUUUCUCAGGAGACGAGGGCCACAGCGCUCUGUUGACGUCAUCGUCUCCACUAUCUUCCUUUUGGCGCUUUCCAUUUCAUUCAUCAUUUGUGCCCAGCUUCUGCACAACCACCAGACAUUCCUAGAGUCCCUGACAAACUGGGAGCUGAUGGUGUGGGCCUCCUCCCUCGUCCUCUUUCUGUUACGGCUGGCCACGCUGGGCUCGGAGACUAACUGCAAAUACAGUAACUCCUCAGUGCUGCUCACUGAGCAGAUCAAUUUGUAUCUCAAGAUGGAGAAAAAGCCCAAUAAGAAAGAAGAACUCAAUAUAGUAAACAAUGUUUUGAAACUGGCUACAAAACUGAUGAAGGAGCUGGAUAUUCCAUUCAGACUGCUAGGUCUGACCGUGAACCCUCUGAUCUACAACCUCACCAGAGUGGUCAUCCUGUCUGCUGUGUCUGCUGUGGUCAGCGACCUGCUCGGCUUCAACAUCAGACUGUGGAAAAUCAAGCCUUAAUGUGAAAACGGCAAACCACUAACAGUCGGACACUGGAGACCAGAAACUCCACGUGUCUGCUGCAUACAGCGUCUCAUCUACAAAAAGAGUGCAAACCUACUGACUGUAUCAUUGUCUGUGCCUGAAACUUCUGUCUCCUGAGAUUCAUCAGUCAUUCACAGGCCUGAGAUGCUCUGACAAUCGCUUACACACCGUUACUGGCGGCUCAGCUGGUGUACAUCCGCCACGCCACUAACCCAGUGCCUAACCUUUGACCCUUGAAUGUUUCUCAGUAUGUGGUUAAAAAAAGUGGUGAGUUUGAGGUCUGAGAUCAUUUCAGGCUUCUGUGACAUCCGGAUUUCCAAAUGUGUCUUGGACAGGUGUGUGGACACAAAGUGAAAUGUAAAUGCAGAUGAUAAUGCAGAUAGUUUGUUUAGUCUUAUUGGCUGAUGUGUCUCAUCAUCAGUAGUACAACUAACUGUAAGACAAGCUAUGUGCAUUCUAAAGCCGGUAAAUCAAAACUGGGCUGCCAGCUUAAUUAAAUUAAUUUUCAUAGGA